GCAAAUUCAACUUCCUUGUUAGCCCCAGACGUUUGAUUUGAUCUGCAAAUAUCACAACCAAGACGCUACUCAGUUUUGCUCGACACUUAUCCUGGUGCAGGCAUAAUAAAUAUUUGUCACCAAUCUCAAAAUGAGACGCGAAUAUAUCAUUUGUCUCGUCAUAACUUUGGCCACAGUUUCGCAAGGAAAGAGAUGGAACACGAACAAGGACUCCAUCAUUGUAGAUGCUCAUUUCAAUAGUGAGGAAAAUGAACAGGUUCAAUUUGACGAUGCGUCAAGGAAAUCAGAGUGUUACACUUCCGAAGGGGAGCCAGGAGAGUGCGUCACGAUGGUCCGAUGUCAUCCCAUUUUAUUUUCAGAAAAGGGUCAACUGCGAAAUGCAGGUCUGGCUAUAACCUACGCGCAGGCGGAUAAUGUCUGCUCCAGCAAGAAUACACUGGACGGAAGUUCAGAAAAACAAUCAAGCGAGGGAAUUGAUGAACAAAUUGGACAAAAAGUCAUUUGCUGCUCGAGAGAUAGAAUUCAAUAUGAUGUCCGCUCCGAACUUGACCAGGAUUUGGAGACCUACACGACAACCGUUCUCCCUUUUACCGUCGAUUCGGAACUUCCAACAACGGGGUCGAGUAAUUUGGAUGAAGUGUCAGAUUCCACCCCCGUUGCCACAAUUAACGUAGAAGAUGACAUAGUUAUUGUUGAAAGCGACAAUAAAUCACCCUCAUCAGUGGCACCAGUGGAGGUUGAUGUUGAAGUUGAAUCGAUAACCACUCUAGCUCCAACUCAAACUAUUAUUGGUGACCCUGUACAAGAACCAGGAGAAAGUGUGACUAGCUCGUCAGUUGAUAUUGUUGGAACAUUCGCACCAGCAAGCCAAGCGCCUACGUCAGGGGGUCAAGAACAGGAAUCACCUCCAGUUAGCGUUCCUCCUCCGACAGAAGAUAGAGACAUUUUCGAACCCAACCCAACCUCAGUUUGCCCAUCAACAAGCUCUUACGAUACUUGGCCCGUUUUCCACGAUUAUCCAUGGCUGGCGACGAUUCAAACUCGUGCAAAGACUGGUCCCACAUGCAGCGGCUCUCUUAUUACUGAAAGUCACAUACUCACAAAUAAAAUUUGUAUUCACAGAUUUAAUUCACGAGACGUAGCAAGAAUGCAGAUUCGUAUCGGGUUUAGCAAGCGAUCGUCAAAUGAUACAUUCAACGACUAUUAUGUUCUAAGAAAUGCAUCCAAAAUAAUAUUUCACAAGAGAUUUCAUGAAGAAAGUAAAAUGGACAAUAAUAUUGCUCUAAUCAAGCUGGAUGAACCAGUUGAAUUCGACCAGAAUGUCGCUCCAAUUGGAAUAUUUGCACCUCUUGGAGGCUACGAUAUUGGAAAUUGUACUGCUGCAGAAGCUGGGUGGAUAAAAUAUGGAAAUCGAAAGGUCACCGGAAUAUCAGAUGGUGUUAUCCAGUUUGUGGAACCACCCACGAGUGACUUUCACCUGAGAGAAAGUUUAAGUCGAGUUCUCAGCAAUGAAGAAUGCAACACUCAAUUAAAUUCUCAGAUUACUGACAAGAUGAUUUGUGCAAGGACUACCAUUUCAGAGGAACCCACCGUUUCAACUGAUUUCUUCAGGUGGAACGAUGGAGGUCCACUGGUUGUAAAAGUUGGAAACACGUUCCAGCAAAUUGGGAUAAAAUCUUGGGCGUAUGAGGGUCAGCAGUAUCCAACUGUUUUCAUCCGAGUGGAGUCAUACCUUGAUUGGAUUAGGAAUAAUUUAAAAAUGUAGGGAGCCCAUGCAUGAAUUAAUUUGUAAGGAAAUAAGUUUUCUGCAUAGUUGUAAGCUCCACAUAAUUAGGCUUCGUAGAAUUUUAUUUAUUUAUUUAUUUGUGGUUAUGCGGUAACAUUGUACAAGUUAAUUAAAGGUCAUUGAUAAAGUUCACUCUAAUACUUACAAAUGUUAGUUGUGUAUAAAUAUUUAUAAUUUGCUUCUGAAAAAUUGUUUCGUUAGAAAGAAAAGAACGUACGUACGUAUAAAACUUCCAUGGAAUGAAAUCCGGUGUUUUCCUUUUUGACAAUGAGCCAACUCAUAAAUCAGCCAUUUGCAAUUUGAGAAUAAAUGUGUUUCAAUUUUUAUCCAAUUUA